AUGGCCAUCCGCUCCAUGAGGUUCACACCCGACGUUCUCCUUGGUGCACCCCGACGGUCCUCCGCUGUCCCCAACGCAGCGGGGACCCUGGCGGUGUACACCCAGACCUCUUACUCCUUCGAAUCGCAUUCCAAGACCAAUGAGAUCCGUGUGCUCGAUAUUGAGUCUGGCCGUUCUGCACUCAUUACCAAUGACCCCGGUGCCAGCAACCCGCAGUGGCUCGGCGACAGCGACCAGCUGGUCUGGCUGAAGAACAAGGCCAAUGGGAAUACCAGCUUUAUCGUCGGCGAUGCGCGUGAGGUAGACAAGACGUACAUGGCAGGCACUGUUCCGGGACCCGUUUCGGAUCUUAAGGUCACGAAUAUCGAGCCUGGGAAGAUCGGUUUCGCUGUGAGCGGCAAGGCCAACCCGGACGGCUCGCUGUACAAUCCGCAUGACGCUAAAAAGCCCUACACGACGGGUAAGCUGUACACGUCGCUCUUUGUCAGACAUUGGGAUGCAUAUGUUGAGCCGCAGAAGAACGCGAUUUGGUAUGGUCUGUUGGAGAAAGCGCCCUUGUCCCCUGCUCGCAGACAGGCGGGCAAGUAUUCUGUCUCGGGACUCACCAACUUGAUCGCGGUCUCGGGACUGAAUGGGGUCGAGUCGCCAAUCCCACCCUUUGGCGGCACCGGAGACUUUGAUAUCAGUCCGACUGCUAUUGUUUUCAUUGCCAAAGAUCCCGAUCUGAACCCUGCUACUCACACUGCUUGCUCGUGCUACUACGCACCUAUGUUUUCAUGGACAGCCAUGAGCUCUAAGGACACAAUCUGCCAAGUUCAAGGCUUUAAAGGCCUCCAGGGCGCAAUGUCAUCUCCCGUUAUUACUUCGGAUGGUGGCUCUAUUGCACUUUUGGCUAUGCAGGUUGAUGGAUACGAGUCUGAUAAAAAUCGGAUCCUGUACGUUCCGAACCCAUGGAAUGCGGAGAUGAUUGAGGUUUUCCAGUCCUCGGAUGGAAAAGGAGCCUGGGAUCUCAGCCCUUCAGCCAUCUCAUUUGCCCAGGGCGACCAGUCCCUGCUCAUCCACGUGGAAGAGAAUGGCCGAGGGUUGCUCUAUGACCUUCCAUUGCAAAACAUCCGCAGCGCCAAACCCGAUGCGCUGAAGCAGUUGACUCGUUCUGGAUACGUCAAUGAUGUGGCUCCUGCCGCAGCUAACUCUUCGAAAUUGUUCGUCUCCAGCAGCAGUCUGGUCGACAACAGCUUGUGGACCAUUAUUGACCCAGCAAAUCCAAUCGAUGUGCGUGUGGUAUCGUCGAGUAGCCGGAGCGGAACAGCAUUUGGGCUCUCCUCAUCCCAAGUCGAUGAGACUUGGUUCCGUGGAGCAGAGGAUCAUCCUGUACACGCUUGGAUCGUCAAGCCGUCUAACUUCAAGCCCGGCGAGAAGUACCCUCUUGCGUAUUUGAUCCACGGAGGUCCCCAAGGUGCAUGGAAUGACCAGUGGAGCACGCGCUGGAAUCCCGCCGUUUUCGCUGAACAAGGCUACGUCGUUAUCACACCUAAUCCCACCGGUAGCACGGGGUACGGACAGUCGUUCACGGAUGCUAUCCGCGGCGAAUGGGGUGGACGCCCAUACGAGGAUCUGGUGAAGGGCUUCGAGCAUAUCGAGCAAAAUUUGAAGUAUGUUGAUGUCACCCGAGCCGUUGCUCUGGGUGCCUCCUACGGUGGCUACAUGAUGAACUGGAUCCAAGGGCAUCCUCUCGGCCGCAAGUUCAAGGCCCUGGUCACCCACGACGGAGUGUUCAGCAUGACCUCCCAGCUCGCCAGCGAGGAGCAAUACUUCCCUCUGCACGACCUUAAAGGCCCAAUCUGGAAGGUCCCCGAGAACUGGGCGAAGUGGGAUCCGUCACGCUUCACGGAGAACUGGUCAACUCCGCAUCUGAUCAUUCACAACGAGCUGGACUACCGUUUGACAAUUGCAGAGGGUCUCGCUGCGUUUAAUGUCCUCCAGAUGCGUAGCGUCGACAGCGCGUUCUUGACGUUCCCUGAUGAAAAUCACUGGGUUCUCAACCCAGAGAACUCACUGCUGUGGCACCGCACCGUCAUCAACUGGAUCAAUAAGCACGUUGGUCUGCCGCCUCUAUCGGAACCUGAUCUAUCCCAGGGGAUGGCAAGCAUGUCUGUUUAG